AAAAACGUUCACUGUCACUAACUGUUUAUACUAUGACAUAAGUCUCCAUGGAACCCACUUUACCCUAAAAAUUAUUUUCCAUCUAAUGAAAUACCUUUUCCUGAUAUUAUUUUAUAUUAAUAUAAAAAACAAUGACAGAAAUAAUCGAGUUACGUCCUAAUAAAAGUUUGAUCAACUCGUCUUUCGAAAAGUAUCAAUUUUUCAAUGAGGUUCCCAUAAUUUCUGAAAACAAAUUAAGGAAUCACGUAUACAGAUUAGAGCCAAAUCAUAAUCAAGAAUCCUGGCUGGAAGCAAGACUUUUCGCUUUUCAUAAUCAUUUAUUUAACAACGUUUAUGACAUGUCGUGUUGGUUUAUUGAUGAAACUUCGGCCGUUUGGCGUCUGGAUAAAGAUGGUUCUUUGAAUCAAGUAUAUAAAUUACAUGAAGAUACACAGUCAUCGAAAAUAACAUAUAAUCCAUCGAUCGGAUUUACCUCAAAUAAUAUUGUGGCGAUUUCUGAUGGUGCUGAAAAGCUGCACAUAUUGAUAGGAUAUACUGGGGAAAAUAGGAAGGUGUUUCUAAUGAGUCCCGAAAAAUCUGGAAUCAUCAUGAAUAUCCAAUACAUAGAAAAGAGCUUUAAAAUUAUUGUAACUAUGUGCACUAUUGUUGCAAAUGAUAAUCAGAAGAAAUAUAUGCAGCUUGUAUUACUGUCAUAUGGCUUGUGUGUGGAAAAUGAAAUAACGAAAGUUUAUGAUAUAGAUAAACAGAUACUGAAAGUACAAGGUACUGUGGACUAUGCCUAUGUGGAAGAAAAUGGUAAUUAUUUGCAUUCCAUUUGUCAAGAUAAUAUUGGUUUUGAGAGUGAAAAUACACAAGAAUCUGAAACCAAAAUAGAACAGCCAAGUGUUAGUUCGCAAAUAAAAAUUCCAAAGUAUUAUUGGUCACAAGAUGAAGAAUCGCUCAUCGUUUGGAUUAAAAUACCGAAACAGCAUAGCGAUAAACGACCUAAAAUAAGCGUUAACCCAUUAGAACUGUCUGUUACAAUAGACAAUGAAAUAUUAAUACAAGGAGAAUGUCAACAUAGAUUGGAGGAAAAUAUGACAACUUGGAGGCACAAAGAAGAUACGUUACAAAUUGAUCUAAGCAAAUGUGAAAAUGGAUUAAUGUGGAGCGAAUUAAUUAAAGGUGAUACAGGAGGCGAAUGUUUACCCAAUGAAGCCCUUGCUGCAGAAAUUCAUGCGAGGUUAGCACAUUUAUGUACAGACCAACAAAGUAAUAGUGCUGGCGGGGAUCAACCUUGUGUGGGAUUCAAUGCUGAACAAUUAGAAGAAUGCGAUCUCGAGGGAAAAGAUAACUUUUUACAAAGGAUUAAUCUUCUCACGCGGGCGACCACACAUCUAGCUAGAUUAGGGAGCAACAAUCACGUGUUGUUCACGUAUAAAAGAAAUCAUGGGCAAACGGUGUGCCUAAGAUAUGAUCACGACGCCUGCAUUUGGGAAAUGGACAAUGGAAACAAUGAUGCUCAGUGGAACCUAAGACACGUUCGCAGCUUUCCUGGAUUUGGCUACGUCGAAGCUAGCAAGACCAAUAAAAAGUUUUGCGUGUCUCCGAUUGAUGGUUCGUACAUAGCUAUAGUUGAACACACGAGACACGUGUUCUUGUACGAGAGGCCUGAUGACGGAGCAAAGUCCGCCAAACAAAGAAUCGUAGACCUCGAUUGCCAAGCUUCCCCCAUUAUGGGUGUCGUUGCUACAAACGAAUACCUGAUUGUACUUUCGAAAGAUAAAUUAUAUCGUUUACAAAUCCGUACGUGAUAAUUGUGCUGUCUGUAAUUAUCACUGGAAUGGAUAAACAAUAAACAUCUUUUUAAAAUCA